ACCACUGUUUAUCAGCUGGCACAUGGCGCAGUCAAUCAUGACGCCGCACGCCGCUUGAGAGUGCUUAACGUGAUGACGUCAGUUGUGUUUUGACGUUCAGAGUCGCUGUAGCGUCAACUGGAGUCAGACAGAGCCAGGACAAGGACAGACUAAUCUCCAUCAUGGCAUUGAGAACUGCUGCAUGCCGUCUCAUGGUCAAUCCUCAGAGAUGUGCCAUGAUAUCAGUCUCCAGAGCGCAGGGAACUGCAGCGCCUGCCAGAAGGGAUGCAGAGAAGACCGAGCAGAAGGCCAAAGCACCUAAAGUCCAGUUCGACUGGCGGGACGCCCUGAACCUGGAGGGCCUGCUGACAGAGGAGGAGAUCAUGAUCAGAGACUCCUUCAAAACCUACUGCCAAGAGAAACUCAUGCCUCGCAUCAUCAUGGCAAACAGAAAUGAAGUGUUCCACAGAGAAAUUGUGUCAGAGAUGGGGGAGCUGGGUGUCCUGGGCCCAACCAUUAAAGGUUACGGCUGUGCUGGGACAAGUUACGUGGCAUAUGGUUUGAUUGCCAGAGAAGUAGAAAGAGUGGACAGCGGCUAUCGCUCGGUCAUGAGUGUGCAGUCAUCACUGGUCAUGCAUCCCAUUAACGCGUACGGCACAAAGGAGCAGAAAGAGAAGUACCUCCCCAAACUGGCUCGUGGAGAGAUCCUGGGCUGCUUCGGCUUGACGGAGCCAAACCACGGCAGCGACCCCAGCGGCAUGGAAACCAGAGCCAAAUACAACCCAUCCAGCCGCACCUACACUCUCACUGGCUCAAAGACCUGGAUCACCAACUCGCCAGAGGCAGACAUCGCUGUAGUCUGGGCCAAAUGUGAGGACGGGAAGAUCCGCGGCUUCAUCUUGGAGCGCGGCAUGAAGGGCCUCUCUACGCCAAAGAUCGAGGGAAAGUUCUCCCUGAGAGCGUCUGCUACCGGUAUGAUCCUCAUGGACGAGGUGGAGGUUCCUGAGGAGAACCUGCUGCCUAAUGUCUCGGGCCUGGCGGGUCCGUUUGGCUGCUUGAACAAUGCUCGUUACGGCAUUGCUUGGGGCGCUCUGGGUGCUGCAGAGUUCUGUUUCCAUGCGGCUCGUCAGUACACACUCGACAGAAUCCAGUUUGGCGUUCCACUGGCAAGAAAUCAGCUGAUGCAGAAGAAAAUGGCAGACAUGCUGACAGAGAUCACCAUUGGCUUACAGUCCUGUCUGCAGCUGGGGAGACUCAUCGAUGAGAAAAAAGCGGCCCCCGAAAUGAUAUCCAUGCUAAAGAGGAACAGCUGUGGUAAAGCUCUGGACAUCGCCAGGCAGGCCAGAGAUAUGCUGGGAGGAAACGGCAUCGCAGACGAAUACCACAUCAUCCGCCACGUCAUGAACCUGGAAGCUGUCAACACAUACGAAGGUACUCAUGAUAUCCACGCCUUGAUCCUGGGCAGAGCCAUCACUGGGUUGCAGUCCUUCACUGUGGGCAAAUAGAUCCGACCCCUCAUGUACGGCUGCUCCCGACCAACAGGAGUCAAAAAGUGUAACUCGCAUGUCAACUCGGCAGUUUUCAGAUGAUCUCGACGAACUGUCAUCUGAAUGAUGUUGGAAUGUUUGUUUUCUCCGAGUGCUUUAUUUCGAAAGAAACUUGUGGAGUGUAAUUAAUUAAUUCAGGUGUAGUUUUUUAAAAUUUAAAGAGGGCUAUUUUUCUACUCUCAAUCACAACACUGUAGCAGGUUUUCAGUACUCCCGGAUGUAUAGACAAAAUAAAAAUGUAUUAAAUGGUCAUUUUCUGAAGUGAAGCAACAGUUGGUUUAAGAGGUCAAGAUUCAGAUGUGCUGCUGCAGAUGUGUCACUGUAUACGAAGAUAAUACAGAUCUACAGUAAUACUGUAAACGUAAAACAACAAAGUAUUAAUGAACACUACUUGUUUGGAAUUGCCUGUGAAGCGUUGUUAUUUAAAAUUGGAUCCAGUUAUGCAAAUGUUGCUGUAAGAUUUGUGUACUUAUCUGACCCCACAUUUGUCAGGUGUCACAACAUCUAGCACUUCACUGCCUAUCUGCUCUAUCACGAUGAUGUCAUAAGUUUGCAUGGUUUACCAGAGGUCAAAGACUUUGAUAAAUAAAAGUUUAAAGUAUUCCGAAUGUCUUCAGGUGGAAUGAAGUGUAAGUUUAAUAAGGUUAGGAGCUGUUUUUACAUCCUCCAUAAAUAUGAGGCUUUAUUCUGUUUAUCAAUGGUUUAAAGGUGUAAUCAUGAACUUGUGGCACUGAAUGUCAGAAUGCUAGUUGUGGAUUAAAAUCACAGCGUAAAUCAAUGAA